CUCUGAUUGGAUUAUAUAUUCAGGCACAUUUUUAAAAAGUUUACGGCCUUCUGCUAUGCCAGUAUCAAAUAAAAUGACGAAAAAGGACCAUAGAGGAUGGCAGUUUGCUUUGAAGAAAAUAACAUUAUGUCAAAUGACUCUACCUGAAAUUACAAGCCCGAACUGCAGGUCAUCGCAGGGGAAAGUGGAUAACUUCCAAUCUCUUAUACCCUUCAAUGUUCAUCGUAAUAUUUUACUACCAGAAACUUGGUUAUAUGAACUUUAUGAUAACAGUUUUAUUUCUCUGAAUGGUCUCAUAAUUCUCCGUCAAGAUGGAUGUAGCUCCACUAAGAAAAAUGGAGGUGGUGCAGUUACCUACAUCAGUACUCAUUAGUACAUUUCGAGAUACAUAUGCUUCAAAUGAUUACACGGACUUCUCAAGCCCCCAAUACUAUGUGGUUCCCUGUCGAUAAUAUGUG